AUGCCACAAUUUGAAGAAGACAAAGCUACUGGUGACAAUUUAGUAGAUUUAGAUAGACUGGAAGAUCAGUUAGUGGAUGAAGCUGUUGUCGAAGCUGAGAUUGAAAGGAAACAGUUGGUUACUUCAGUGGAUAACGAAUCUCAAGAAAGGAAGAUUAAAAAAAAUGAGCUUACUAUUAUAAGUAAUGAUUUUUAUGCAGAGGAACUCACAGUUGAAGUUCAGCAAAGCUCACGAGAAGAUACACGAGUGAAAUUUAACGCUCAAUCAGGAAAUAGACAACAACGAGCACGUAUGAAAUCAUUAAGAAAUAACUUCCAAGAAUUGGAAGAUGGUAAAAGGAAAAGAUUAGCACGUAAUUCAUCUAAUAAGCGCCGCACAAAAGCUAAUCUGAAUGAUGGAUCGGAUAAAGUGAAUUAUAUGCUUCCAGUGGAGCGCAACAGAGCAGUGUCUCGCGAGGAGCGGAAAAUGCAACAACAGAUCGCGCUUUUCGAAAAGAUGCAGCAACUUGAGACGAGACGUGAAAAUUUAGCUGCACGACGUCGAUCUAGAAGUAGUGGAAGUGCUAUGUCUUCUACUUAUAGCAUAUCUGAAUGUGAAGUAGUUGGCGAAAGUACUUCCUCUCAAAGUCGAAACUCAAGAGACAGGAAUCGAUCUAAGAGUGGUUUGAAAAUGGAUAAGGAUAAGAAACCAAACGUGCGAAAGCGUAAGGGAUUGUUGCGGUCCCCUCAUGCGUCUAUUAAACGAGGUCAUACUAAUAGUGGAAGCGAAAAUCAACAGGGGAGUAUUGAGCAAAAAAAAGAUGUUGAUAAAAACGAAGAACUCAAUUCUUCCGGAGUUUCUAGUUUGCUUAUUCCUGAUCCUUCAAACUGUGAGGCCUUUGGGAAUUGCGAAGAACGAGGAACCAUUGAUGCAAAUAUUUCAGAAGACUCAAGCGCUGAUUGCAGUGACGAAAAGCAGAAAGGAAAUAAAGUGGAUAUUAGUUAUUUUUUGGACGGUCAGGUAAUGGAAUUGGGGAUUGAAAGUAAUAGUAAAAGCGAGUUAGAUGCAUCGACGAUGACUCAGGAAUCUGCAGCAGUUUCUGGCAGUGGUGACUCGUUAGAUGCUGUUCAACUAGAAGACGUUCGUGCAUUCUUUUCUAAGAUGGCUGGAAUUGAAGCUGAAAGUAAACCAUCGGAUUUUGCGUUGCAUUUUCGAGCGUUAGAAACAAGUACUGUUCCAUCAAAAGUUGAUGAUAAUGAGAAAGAAGUCGAAACUGUUGUACCUCCUAAAAAGAAAAUGUCGCUGGACGAGUACAAAAAAAGAAAAAGUUCAAAAGCUGUUCUAGAUUCCAUUGAAGCAUCACCCAACACGGCUGAAAAGGAAGCUCACUGUAGUGAACUGGCACAAGUACCAGUGACUCGUUCUUUCAUGCCAUCAAUCAGUUCUAGCGAAGGGCGAACCUCACUUCGUCUCGGUGUCUUUCCAGACCCUGUUCAGUUACGUUCUAAUGCCAAAAUUUCUAUUGAUGAUUUGAAACGCCGUAUAUAUGGUCGAACGAUCCCAUCAACAAAUCCUAGUUGUAAUGCAGAAUGCACCUUACCUUUCGUUACAACUAAUGUUUCACGUGUUUCCUCAAAGCAGUUGGGGAACUCUAACGCGCCUUCGAUCACCUUACCAUCAACAGUACAAGAAAAACCUGCUACAGCAAUAGCUGGCAUUGAAAAGUUGUCACUAGACGAAAGAUUGCGUUUAUUCAUCAAUUCUAGUGAUAAAGGACAUGCCAUCAAUUUAAUGCCGUUUCCUCCUGCACCUCCUCCUCCACCUCCUCCUCCACCUCCUCCCCCACCUCCUCCUCCACCUCCGCCUCCACCACCAACAUCAAUUAUAAUUCCACUUCCAGCUCCUUUUCUACAACCACUAUCGAAAUCGUCAACAGUGAAACCACCAUCAGUGAAAUCAUCAGCAACACUGCCAUCUCCAGUGGCACCAUCACCAAAAUCAGUACCGUCCCCAACAACACUACAUAUAUCGCUACCAUCACAUCGCUCAGUACCGAAUCGAUCUACAUUACGUUCAUCAGCAUUACCCCCCUUAGUACCACCACCAUCAACUCUAUCACCAUCUUCACUGCCACCACCAUCAACAUCAUUACCAUCUUCAGUGCCACCACCAUCAUCAAUACCACUACCAUCAGUGCCACCACUCUCAGAUUCGUCAUCAGCACUUUCUCCACCGCUACCUUCUACACCUCUAUCAUCUGCAUUACAAGAACCACGUACAGUACCACCAUCAUCACCAGUCCUACAAUCAGAAUCAGUGUCGUCGCUAACAUCACUUUCACCAUCAUCCAUAUCACCACCUUCUAUACCAUUGUCAUCAGCUUCAUCGCAAUCACUGCCUCCAUCACAUCAUUCUCCUAAAAGUCGAGAUAUAUUGAAAGGAGAUAACUCAGACAAUGUUCAUGCAGAUAUUCCUUUACCGUCAUCUACGAUCAAACCAUUUAGUAGUAAUAGUUAUUCAAAUUGCCCACUGUGGCAGCACCGGGUUUAA